AUCUGGAACUCAAUGCAGCUACACUUGUAAAUGGAGAAAAGAGUGCAAAGUUCAUCACAGGAGGAAAGUUGCUAGAUUCAGAUUCUAGGUGUUUUGAGGCAUAUUGCUGUGAACCAUUGAAGAUGAGAAUGGGUCAACAUAGUUCAUCAUCAUUAUCGAAUUUCAGUAAAGCUUCAACAUCUACCGGCAUUUCAACGACGACAAACAGUGCUCUCAUAGCUCGUAAACAACGUACAAAUUCUCAGCCUGCUCCUAAUAAUAUUAAUCAUUCAUCAAGCCACCUGGGAACCUCACUGCAUAACAGCUCAAAUCAUUUGAAAUCGCCAUCUUCAUUAUCAUCCUUAACCGAUCUAGAAUCUUCCUCUUCAACAACUAGUACACCAUGUGGAUAUAAAACCAUUGAUGAGGAAAUUUUCUUGGCUGUUGGUGAUGAGAAUAGUAAUAGUUUAAAUUACUUGAAUGAUCUUGAACAAGAGAAAAGAAAACUUAGAGCACAAAAGAAAAAAGAGCAACAAGAUGCAAGGUUUGAACUUUCAAUCCCAAUGAAACCACAAGAGGCUUUGAAAACUUAUGCACCAUAUUUGUCGUUGUAUGAGCGUACAGAAAUAAUGGACUUUCCAGAGGUUUACUUUGUUGGCCCAAAUGCUGCCAAAGCGGCUGCUAGUCCUGAAUUGAAGGGAUGUAAUUAUGGUUUUGACGAUGAACGUGGUGAUUAUAAAGUAGUGAUGGGUGAUCAUUUAUGUUUCAGAUUCGAGAUAGUAGAUACUUUAGGCAAAGGAAUAAGAAAAGAUUUCAUUGUCAAGCACUUGUUGAAGUUAAUAUACUUGAAAAUUUGA